CAUUCAUUCACAAAGCAAACCCACAAGCCAAGAACCAAUACUCUUGCUGAUCUGUGGUUUUCUUUAGCUCUCACAAGUCUUUUAGCUGCACCACCGACCGAUCGAUCAUGGAGGACGAGAGGAACACCCAGCCGCAGCAGACCGGCGAGGCAGAGCAGGUGGAGGUGACGGACAGGGGCUUCUUCAACCACCUCGUCGGCAAGAAGGAGGAGAAGGUCGAGCAACAGAAGCACGACGAGGCGGAGCUCUCCGCCGGCAUGGAGAAGGUCUCCGUGGAAGAGCCCGCCGAGGCCAAGCACGAGGGUGCCGAGAAGCACGAGAGCCUCCUCACCAAGCUGCAGAGGUCCAGCUCCAGCUCAAGCUCGUCGAGCGACGAGGAGGAGGAGGAGGUGAUCGACGACAACGGCGAGGUGAUCAAGAGGAAGAAGAAGAAGGGCCUCAAGGAGAAGCUCAAGGAGAAGCUGCCGGGCCACAAGGACGCCACCGCCACCGAGGGCGACCACGCCACGGGCCUGCCCGCGCCGGCGCCGCCCGCGGCUCUGCAGACCCACCACGACACCGCCGUCCCCGUCGAGAAGGUCGACGCCGACGUCAAGACGGAGGCGGUGCCCGAGGAGGAGAAGAAGGGGUUCCUCGAGAAGAUCAAGGAGAAGCUGCCCGGCGGGCACAAGAAGCCGGAGGACGCUGCCGUGGCGCCGGCGGUCACGCACGCUGCCCCUGCGCCCGUCACGCACGAUGCCCCGGCACCGGUGCACGCGCCCGCGCCGGCCGCGGAGGAGGCGGUGAGCAGCCCUGACGGGAAGGAGAAGAAGGGCCUUCUGGGCAAGAUCAUGGACAAGAUUCCGGGGUACCACAAGACCCCUGCAGCUGGGGAGGAGGACAAGGCCGCUGCACCCGCAGCCGACCACAAGACCAGCGCUUAAUCUCGAGACUCCAUCAGCAAGACCGGACCUUGAUUCAGUGUUGGCGUGUGUUUUGUUCUGUUUUUGCGUUUUUAAGUUCGUGUCCUGGUGGUGGGAGGGGGUUGGUCGUCUUUGAUUUGAAGGUCGCUACGUGUGUUUAGUUCAGGGUUCACACACGGGCUUCAGUUUGGUUCAGAGUCAGGCUCUGGGUGUCAAGUUUGUCUACGUGUAUGUGUAUUGGUUUAUUGCUGGGCAUUAUGCCUCGGCAUUAAAGAUUUCCGCCCAGUA